AUGGCAACCGCCGCCGAGCUCCCUGUCAAUGGCAGCUACGCGCAGCAAGGCUUCGAUGGUAGCAACUACGCCAGUGCGGGUGCCAACAGCAACGCACCUACAUACUCAGCUUCCGCUUCUGCACCGACCCAGAGCUCCGGCACAGCAGCGUCUGAGAUCCCCAAGGACGAGGUUGGCUGGUACUUUGUCGAGCAGUACUACACCACUCUGAGCAGGAGCCCGGACAAGCUCUAUCUUUUCUACAACAAGCGCUCGCAAUUCGUCUCUGGCAAUGAGGAAGACAAGGUCAACGUCUGCGUUGGACAGAAGGCUAUCAACGAUCGCAUCAAGGAACUCGACUUCCAUGACACCAAGGUCCGCGUCACCAACGUCGACUCGCAGGGUUCCGACGCAAACAUCGUUAUCCAGGUCAUCGGCGAGAUCUCCAACAAGGGGCAACCGCACAAGCGCUUUGCGCAGACUUUUGUUCUUGCCGAGCAGACCAACGGCUACUUCGUCCUCAACGACAUCUUCCGUUACCUCGCUGAGGAGCCUGAGGAGGAAGAGGAGCUUCAGCAGGAGGCUUCUGCUCCCGUCACCGGUGUUCAGGAGGUUCCUCCUACCGCUGCCGCACCCGAGGACGCCGCCUUGAACCAUAGCGAUGAGAUCGCCAACUCCGAGGAGGACUUGGUCAAGGUGGAUCACAAGCUUGAGGAGGCUGCCCACGAGGAGCCGGUCCAGGAGGUCUCUGCUCCUGCCGGUGCCGUCAAUGGCACGCCAGCAACGGAGAAUGCUGAUGUUAUUGAGGCUGAGGAGGCUCCGGCCGCCGCUGUGUCCGCGAGCGAGGAAGCUCCCAGCAAGGAGCCCGAGGCGCCUGUUGAAGAGGAGGUUGCCCAGCCUGAGAAGCCCAAGGACCCUGCUCCUACGCCUACUGCUCCUAAGGCUGCUCCUAAGGCGGCUCCCUCCAAGCCUGCAGUCCCGAAAUCCUGGGCCGCUCUCGCUGCGUCCGCCCACAAGGUGGCCACUCCAGCCGUCCCCGCUGCAGCAACGCCUCCACCGCCAUCCCAGUCCAAGUCUACUACGCCGGCCCCUAACCAGCCCUUGGCUGUCCCCGAAAAGUCUUCCGCCCCCGCUCGUGAGCCCUCGCCCGCCAACAGUCAGGGCGAUGCGGCAGGCUGGCAAACCGCAGGCACCAAGAAGGAGCCAUCGCGUGGCCAGACUCAGGCGCCUUCCGAUGCAGACCAGAGGCGCGCCUACAUCAAGAACGUGUACAGCCAAGUCGAGGAAGGUGCUCUAAAGGCUGCUUUGACCAAGUUUGGUGAGAUCGAGCACCUCGACAUCAGCCGCCAAAAGAACUGCGCUUUCGUCGACUUCAAGACGGGAGCAGCAUUCCAGGCUGCCGUCAACGCCAACCCACACACGGUUAACGGUCUCGAGAUCAAGGUCGAGGAGCGCAAGCUCCGUCCCCAGCAGGGGUUCGGCGGUAACAACUUCCGAGGCGGCCCUGGCCGCGGCCGUGGUUUCCCUGGACAAUCUCGCGGAGGCUUCCCACGAGGUGGCCGCGGUGGGUCCGUUCGUGGCGGCCGUGGUGCUCCCCAGGAGGCCUAA